AUGUUCUUACUCUCUUCCUCUUCUUCCUUACUCCAUUUCUUUCAACACACUCUUUGUGUCUUCUUAUUCUUCUAAUCAGUAAUCACUCUCUUCUUUUCUUCCAUUUAAGAGCUGCUCUUAGCAUAGUGUUGCUAACUUUGUUACUUUUUUUUGUUAUUACCAUAUUACCCCUAUGCUAGAAGACAUAGAGACAUAGUAACUGUGACAUUUUUUUUUCUCUGUUCUAGCUUUUGGAAUUUUUGUGCAAAAGUCUUAGAAAUGAAGUACUGAUCACGGACACUGCUUAAAGUUUGAAGCUUUACAAGCUUUUAAAGAUACCCACCAAAGCAUUUGGAGCCAUAUCACUCACAAAAGAAACAGAAUCAAAGGCUUUGUUCUUUUUUUUUUUUUGGGCUUCUUAAGCAACCAUUUUUCUGCUGAAAGCUCUUUCUUUCAAAGUCAUACAUACAUAGAUGAUAGCCAGCUCCUUCUGCAAUGCUGAUUCUAUGUUUCCAAGAGAAGAGGGGGUAGAUGUUAGAAAGAUGAUGGGACACAAAAGGAGCCCAUGUUCUGUUGACCAAAGCAGUUAUACUUCUAUUGAAUCUAAAAGGCAAAAGGCGAAUGAUUUAUCAAUCACCACAAAGGAGAGGAAGGAGAAGCUUAGUGAACGAAUUGUUGCAUUGCAGCAGCUUGUUUCACCAUAUGGCAAGACAGAUACAUCUUCUGUCUUAGAGGAAGCAAUGCAAUACAUACGUUUCCUUCAUAAACAAGUUAAGCUUCUUAGUGCCCCGUACCUCGAGAGUUCGGCGGCAACCAAGGAUCCGGGUCUGGAGCCAUGCAGCCUGAGGAGCAGAGGGUUAUGUCUUGUUCCUGUCUCACUAACAAUUGGAGUUGCUGAGAGCAAUGGUGCAGAUAUCUGGGCUCCCAUCAAGACCACCACUUUGCCGCCGAAAUUCGAGAAGGAGGCCGCCCAAUUUCAGUCAUAAAUUUGGUCAGCUAAGCAGCCUAAAGGAGGUUGUAAAUUGCUAUGCUCCCUAAGUCAGUCUAGGUGGAAUCAUGGUAGCUAUAAUAUAUAAUAUAUAGUUAAAAGUAUUAAAAGAAAAAAAACUUGGUCAAGUAGCUGCUCCAUGCCUUGAAGAUUUUAAGCGGGUGAUGGGGUAUAAGUUUUUAAUUUAAGGCAUAUAUAUGUAAUCCUUAAUUCACUAUGCUGAUUAGUUAAGUGUAUAUUUGAAAGUUCUAGCUGUAUAAUAAUUAUUCCAUGUACUGAUUAGCUUAAUGAAAGUCUUCCCUAGAUUCAAUGGAAGGUAAAAAUAUAUGAUGUGUGUUCGUGUAUUUAUCUUCCAUCCAUAAGAUGGUUAUUAGCGGAUUGAGA